CUCGUCCACAUGUACUACCCUUCCCAACCGGUUUCUAUGCAUUCUGUGACUACUGCUUUCAUGACUUUGUUUGUGAGCAGAGUUGGAGGAAGUUGAGAAUGACCUAUGAUUAGGAACACGAGAACAUAUGCAACCCAAGCAGAAAGCAAGCUCAUUGUGGUUGUAUAUAUACGCUGCUUCCUCUGUGUCUAACAUGUUCCAGAGAGGAAAAAUUCUCUUCCUGCUUGUAGGCUGCGCAGCCUGUUCAGUUGCGUCUUCAUCGCUGUGCUCCACAUAGGACCUGGCUAAUGAUGAAUAUCUCUAUGUGCAUUGUCUUCCUUGCUGGUGCUCUUUUGAAGGUCAGCAGCAACACUUUGGCAUCACCUGUGGAACUACAACUACAGCUGAAGACUACAAGGAGACCCGUCCUAAAUCCAAGAUUCCUGUCUGUGACAAUUGAUGCCAGUCUUGCUUCGGAACCUAAGUAUAUUGCUUUCCUUGGAUCCCAGAAACUUAUCACUUUAACAAGAGGGCUUUCUCCUGCCUUCUUAAGAUUUGGAGGAACACAAUCAGACUUUCUUUUCUUCAAUCCAACACAAAAUGCAUCAGUAGAAGAAAGAAUUACCUGGAACCUGCCAAAAAAGCAAGAUGUGUGUGAUGGAAGCAAAGUCUCUUCAUCUGUGCAGCAGAAGCUGUGGUUUCAGUGGGCUGCUCAGGAACAAGCUAUACUCAAGGAGGCUUUUUCUGAGACCUACAAAAACGCCUCAAUCACAAAGAAAACCAUUGACCUGCUCUACAGAUUUGCUAAUUGCUCCGGCCUUCAUCUCAUAUUUGGACUAAAUGCUUUAGUGAGGAACAAAAAUGAUCACUGGAACAGCUCGAAUGCCAAGUUGCUGAUUGAUUACUGUGACUCCAAGAAAUAUAAUCUGUCCUGGGAAUUAGGCAACGAACCUAACAGUUUUAAGAAAAAGUCUGGACUGUAUGUUGAUGGCUCCCAGCUUGGCAAGGAUUUUAUUACUUUACAUGACCUUCUUAACAAGUACAGCAGAUACAGAACCUCUGGUCUUUUUGGCCCAGACAUCGGGCAGCCUAAGAAAUCAACCCAAAAGAUGCUGAAAAGCUUUUUAAAUGCAGGUGGUAAAGUAAUCGAUUCCGUUACUUGGCAUCACUAUUAUGUUGAUGGGCGGACUGCAUCUUUGGAAGACUUUGUCAACCCUAACAUUUUGGACACAUUAUCUUCAGAAAUAAAGACUAUGUUAAGGAUAGCAAAUGACACUGUUCCAGGAAAGUUAGUCUGGUUGGGAGAGACCAGCUCAGCAUAUGGUGGAGGAUCCCCGGGAUUAUCAAAUACUUAUAUUAAUGGCUUCAUGUGGCUAGACAAGCUGGGAAUGUCUGCUAAACUGGGAAUUGAUGUAGUUAUGAGACAGGCCUUGUUUGGUGCUGGGUCUUACAAUCUGGUGGAUUCUGAUUUUGAACCUUUACCUGAUUACUGGUUGUCACUGGUAUUUAAGAACUUGGUUGGAUCCAUUGUUUUGAAUGCAAGUUUCAGGAGUAAGAAUGUAAAUGUGGAAAACAUUAGGAUUUAUCUUCAUUGCACUAAUAUUAACAACCCUAAGUACAAAGUAGGAGAUGUUACACUGUUUGCCAUGAACUUGAACAGCUACUCUCAGGAAAUUCAGUUGCCAAGCAUUCUGUCUGGAAAGUUUGUGGAUGAAUAUCUUCUUUUACCUGGAGAAGGAGGACUACUUUCUCAAACCGUGUUGCUGAAUGGGCAAGUUUUAAAGAUGGUGGAUGACAAAACAUUGCCAGAUUUGAAUGGGAAGCAGUUGCAUCCAGGCUCUCAUCUUCUUCUCCCUUCUAUGAGUUUUGGAUUUUUUGUUGUAAAAAGUGCUAUGGCCAGUGCUUGCCUAUGAUUUGAGAAAAAUUACUGGUUUCUUUAUGAAUAUUUACAGUUUUAUGUAUUUUAUUUGAUUAAUAAAUUCUUUUCUUUUUUUUCCAUUUUGUUAGGUCA